UUAGCCAGUGCUCUUCAGGAAGGUUCUACUUAGGAAAGAUGCUAGCAUUUUACAUUUUAUUCCUUUUGUUUUCUUUGUACCAUGAAGUUGCUGCCACAUGCCCACGAAAAUGCAACUGUGAUUUGUCAAGGAGAGUGCAAUGCUAUAGAAUUGGACAGAUGCCUAAAGAGAUUGCUUCUACUACCAGGCAACUUUACAUCAGCCACAGCAAAAUCAAGCAGCUCCAGAUUUCUGAUGUCAAUCAAAUGUCUGCCCUUGAAGAAUUCAUUCUGACCAGCAGUGGGACAGAAGCAGUGGAGAGGAACACAUUCAAAGCCCUGGCUGCCUUGAGGAUACUGGAACUCUGGAAGAACAAACUGAGAUGUAUACCUACCUUGCUCCCAGCAAACCUUGAAGUACUGAAGCUUGGUGAUAACUUAAUAAGUGUUCUAAAUGAGUCUGAUUUUGAAGGUUUAAAAAGAUUAAGAGUUCUUGAUAUUCAAAACAAUUUGAUUUUGGCUCUUUCUUCUAGUACCCUUUCCUCCCUGAGCAGGUUACAGAGUUUGAUUCUGGAUGGAAAUAAUAUGGAAUCUGUGUCAGGACCACUCAGUCUUCAUAACCUGAAGUACUUGAGUAUGGCAAAUAAUAAAUUGCAAAAGUUUCCAGGAAGAUUUUUCACAUCUCUCCACAUUCUUCUGUUCCUCAAUUUAAAUGGCAACUUGUUAACCACAGCUCCUCCAGACCUGCCUCAAUCCUUACUAUCAUUGACACUAGAGAGAAACCAACUCACAAUGCUAAAAUCCGAAGACAUGAAAAAACUGGCAAACUUGUCAGAACUGUGUGUGUCUGAAAACCAACUUUCAUCCAUUGAUGAGGUCCAAUUUAUUUCCAGCCUGACAAGGCUGGAAGUGGCUGGGAACAAACUCCAAACAUUUCCGCUCCAUUUACCAACCGCACUACAGAAAAUUGACUGCAGCAACAACCUGAUAGAGAAAAUUAAAGCCCACGAUUUCCAUGAUCUACAGGACCUUAAGCAUUUGUUCCUUGACAAGAAUGUUGUUAAGACAUUUGAGGAUGGGGCACUUCAAAGAUGCAAACUGCUGUCUAAUCUAGCACUUGAACAAAACCUACUCAGUUCUAUACCAUUAAGCCUUCCACAUACCCUAGCGAGACUGGAUCUGAAAGGAAACAACAUACAAAGAAUUCAAGAGCAAGAACUCAAGAAUUUAAAGCAGCUACAGGUUUUAAAUUUACGAAACAACAAGAUAACUGCCCUGGACCACGGCCUGUUGGAACAUUUGCCUCGCCUCAAGCACCUAUAUCUGGAAGGCAACCUAUGGAAUUGCACUUGUGACCUCUUCAGAACGCGAAGAGUGCUCACAGCCAAAGGCACAGACGUCAAAGGGGGACAGUGUUUUGCUCCUGCAGAAAACAAAGGAGAGAGCUGGAUGUCUUCAAAAAGGUUUCUGCGUUUGUGCAUUCAUGACAGCCUGUAUGCAGGUGAAGACAGCAGCAAAACCAGAAAGAAAGCAAAUGCUGAUAAUCCUUCCACUCACAUGGAUGAUUAUUAUGACUAUGAAACUGAUUAAGCACAAAUAUCAAAUAAAUUUCAAAGUAUACCUUUUCUAUAAUUACAGCUUACGUGGCGUUCUCUGAAGAAGCACUAUAAACAAAUCAUUAACUCACUGACUUCUCUUUUAAUAAGGUCACCCAGGCCAUCAGAUUCAUCCUAAGAAGAGAGGAGUGCUUAGUCUUAUUGAAAUUAAAAUAAAAUACAAGUGCAUGUGAGGAGGCUGUGAGUGUGUGUGUAUGGGGAUGGUCCCCAAGGUUAAGAAUAGCUAGAGAGCUGGUAUUAAUGAUGUUUAGGCAUUAAUGCUGUAUUGGUAGGUACAUU